AUGUCUUUAAAAGAAACACAGCAGUUUGAGAAGGGUAGAAUUAAAGUAUUACAAGAUGAGAGAGUGUAUAUUCAGAAGAAAACUUUUACAAAAUGGGCCAAUGCCUUCCUGGAAAAGGCCCGAAUGGAAAUCAAAGAUUUAUUCACAGAUCUGAGUGAUGGAAAAAUGUUAAUGAAAUUAUUGGAAAUUAUUUCUGGUGAAAAUUUAGGAAAACCAAAUAAAGGUGUACUCAGAGUGCAAAAAGUUGAAAACCUCAAUCGAUGUCUCAAAUUUCUGGCCACAAAGGUAUAUUUUGAGAAUAUUGGAGCAGAAGAUAUAUUAGACGGGAAUCAGAGAUUGAUUCUAGGGUUAAUAUGGACCAUUAUUUUACGUUUCCAAAUUCAAGAAAUUGUAAUUGAUGUGGAUGGAGAUGAAGAAAAGGGUGAAAAAAGAUCAGCUAAAGAUGCUUUAUUAUUGUGGUGUCAGAGGAAAACAGAAGGGUAUCCUGGUGUUAAAAUCACAAACUUUACUACAAGUUGGAGAAAUGGGUUAGGUUUUAAUGCCUUGAUUCAUGCUCACAGACCUGACAUAAUAGCCUACGAUAGACUUGAUCCAGCAGAUCAUAUCGGUAAUUUAAAUAAUGCUUUUAACAUAGCAGACUCUCAACUUGGUAUUCCCAGAAUUCUUGAUGCUGAAGAUGUUGAUGUUAACAGACCUGAUGAGAAAGUUGUAUUAACCUACGUAGCUUCGUAUUACCAUUACUUCGCUAAGAUGAAAAGUGAAAUGACUGGAGGAAAGAGAAUUGCUAAGGUUUUAGGAAAUAUGGUAGAUUUAGAUAGGAUGCAACAAGAUUAUGAAAAUUUAACUUCCAAUUUAUUAGAAUGGAUACAGAAUAAAAUAAAUAAUUUAAAUGAUAGACGAUUUCCUAACUCAUUAGAAGGAAUACAACGUGAACUUAUUAUGUUUAAAAAAUAUAUGACAGAAGAAAAACCUCCCAAAUAUACUGAAAGAGGUAAUAUUGAAGCCCAGUAUUUUAAUAUACAAGCUAGAUUGAAGGCUAACGGACAGAAACCCUAUACUCCUAAAGAAGGUAGAUUAAUACAUGACAUAGAAACUGCCUGGUUAUUGCUAGAGAAGUCAGAACAUGGUCGGGAAGUCGCGCUUCGAGAUGAAUUAAUCAGACAAGAAAGACUAGAACAACUUGCUAGAAGAUUCGCUAGAAAGGCUGGUAUUCGUGAAGCCUGGUUGAAUGAUAUGGAACAAAUACUAGAUGAAGAAAUUGUCUGUAGCAAUGCUGUUCAGACAGAGGCUGCUGUUAAAAAACAUGAAGCCAUCAGUGCUGAAAUAUUAGCUAGGAAAGAUCGUUUCCGAGCUCUUAACAACCUAGCUAAAGAACUGGUUCAGGGAAAUUAUCAUAAUAAAGAUGGUGUCCAGAAAAAAGAUCAAGAGGUGAUGAAAAGAUGGAGAGCUUUAUUAGAUAAAUUAGAAGGACGUAAAGUAACACUAUCAGGUUUCAGUAACCUCAUGGGACAUUUCAGAGAAAUAGAAAGUAUUGAAGAAGAACUCAGGGAAGUGGAGAGUAAAGUAAAAGUAAACGAUUUUGGUAAACAUCUUCAAGCUACUGAAGAUUAUUUACAGCAGCACAGUUUACAUGAAGCUCAGGUUCAGGCCCUGGCAAAGCGUGUUAAAAAUCUCAACAGAAGAUCAGUACAGUAUGGUACAGAAGGACAUCCCGAGGCUAAACCUUUAGAACAACGCUUGGAAAAACUAAAUAACCAUGUUUCAAGUGUCCAGAAUCUGUGUAAUGUAAGAAGAAAAGGUCUUGAAGUUGCCAAGUCUUACUAUCAGUUCCUGGAAGAUUCCGAGAUGGAAGAAAGAUGGGUAACAGAAAAAUUGGAAGAUGUGAAAUCAACCAAUACGGGCAAAGAUUUAGAUUCGGCAAAUAAAUUACUUAAAAAACAUGAAAAUCUAGAGUUAGAAAUGGCAUCCAGGUGGAAGAGAUGUGAACAGAUUUGUUCUGUUGGACAAGAUUUAGUCAAUGGAGGUCAUCAAUCUCAAUCAGAAAUUGGACAACGAAUAAAAAAUUUGAUGGACAAAUGGAAACAAUUACAAGAACAAUCUAAAUCUAGACGAGUUCGCUUAGAAGACGCCAUUGAAGCUCAUCAGUACUAUGCUGAUGCCAAUGAAGCUGAAUGGUGGAUGAGAGAGAAGAUGCCAAUAGUAGUUAGUGAUGAUUAUGGUAAAGAUGAAGCUAGUGCUCAGGCCCUGUUAUCCAGACAUAAUAGAUUAGAAAAAGAUAUACAUUCUUUCAAUAAUGAGGUUAAGAGAUUAGAAGAGCUGUCUGUCUUGAUGACCAAGGCUGCCAGCGAGCAUAAUAUAUCUCCAGCAAAAUUCAGUCUGCCAGUUGAAAACGGAGAAAAAUCAGACGAGGAAGAAGCAGCUGAAGAAUUUAUUGAGGUCCCUCAUGAAGUGGAGGUAGAAAAGGUGGUUGAAGAGGAAGUGAUGCAGGAUGUUGUCGAAACAAGAAAAAUUCCUCAGGUCAAGGCCAUGUAUGCUUAUAAAGGUCAAGAUAUCAAAGUUGAUAAAGGGGAGAUAAUGGUUCUCCUUCAACAGACUAAUGAAGAUUGGUGGCAGGUGAGAAAAGGGGAUGGUGGAGAAGGAUUUGUACCUGCUAAUUACGUCAAAGCAGUUGAUCCUAAGGUCAUCCAGAAAGUUGUCAAACGUCCAGUCAAAGUUCCCAAACGUGUAAAAGUCAAAGAAGUUGUCAUGAAAAAGGAGUCUGUGAAACAGAAAAGAUCUGCCAAAGUUCGAAGAGCACCAUCAGUGAGGUCGAAGGAUAACCUUCAUUUUGAUAAAAACAAUGUAGAAACCAGACAACGCAGUAUAAAUGUAUUGUAUAACAAACUGGCUAAAUUAGCUAAGGCCCGCUCUGAAAGUCUAGCCGAUGCAAUCCGAUUGUUCCAUUUCUAUCGUGAGGGUGAUGAAUUUGAAGCUUGGAUGAAAGAAAAGGAACAAGUUUUGGAGAGUCGUGAAAGUUUAGCUGACAACAUGGAUGCCGUGAGAAAGAAAUUUGAGAAUUUAUUGACUAGUUUUGCUGCUAAUAAAGGUAGAUUAGAUGAGAUCAAUCUAUUAGCUACUGAUAUUAUUAAAUCAGGAAGUGCUCAAACUGAUAAAGUCAAACAAAGACAGAAAGAUUUAAAUGAUAAAUGGAAUCAUUUGAAUAAGUUAAAAAUAGAAAAGGAAAAGUCACUACAAGGAGCAUCAAGUAUUGAGUUAUUUAAAGCUACAUGUGAUGAACUUCAAGAGUGGAUUAAAGAAAAAGAUAAUGCCCUAGCUAACGAAGAAAUAGGAAAAGAUUUAAAAUCAAUUCAAGCUCUUCAACGUAGACAUGCUAAUUUGGAACGAGAGUUGGUACCAAUGGAAGAAAAAAUGAACAGAAUGUGUUAUUUGGGAGAUUCAGUGAAGAGUUCAUAUCCUACAGAAACAAAAUAUGUUGAUCAACGACAGAAGGAACUACUUAAACUGUGGAAGGAACUUAAGGAUCGAGCCAAUGCCAGAAAGAACAAACUAAAUGAAGCACAGAAUCAACAGAAAUUUGCUGAAGAAGCCAAGGAUUUGCUAUCAUGGUCUGGAUCAGUAAGAACCAGGCUGGCUAGUGCUGAAAUGCCACAUGAUAUCAAGAGUGCUGAAAGAAUGCUGAAAGAGAACAGUGAUUUAGCUGAAGAUAUAGCAGCUUACAAAGACAAGUUUGUCAAGAUUAAGGCAUUAGGAAAUGAAGUCCUUUCUAAAGAUCCGAAUGCCAAAGAUGUCAAAGAAAAAAUGGAAAGAUUACAAGCUGAAGAGAGAUUAAUUAAUGAUUUGUGGAAACAAAGACAAAAACAACUUCAAGAUGCUUAUGAUCUUCAGGUAUUUAAUCGUGAUUCUGACAAGAUAGAUGCUAUAACUAGAGGUCAUGAAGCUUUCUUAGAUUUUAAUGAUUUAGGGAGUACUGUAGAUGAUGUUCAGAGUUUAUUGAGGAGACAUGAAGAAUUUGAGAAUAAACUACAAGCUCAAGAUGAGAAGGUUCAAGGUUUGAAUGAAAUGGCUGAAAAACUGAUAGCUGAAAAACACCCUAAUCAACAACAUAUCAAUGACCGAAGUCGUGAAGUAACCAAUCGUAGAGCUGGUGUUAAAGAUAAAGCAGCAGACAGACGUAAAGCUCUACUUGAUGCUCUAGCUUUCCAACAGUUUAAACGAGAUUCAGAAGAGUUAUCUGAUUGGAUGAAAGAGAAAUAUAAAACUGCUACAGAUGAGUCAUAUCGUGACCUAGCGAAUUUACAGAAAAAACUGCAGAAACACCAGGCAUUUGAAGCUGAGUUAAAAGCUAAUAGUGACAGACUUCAGUCAUUGAAUCAGUCUGGUGAUAAGAUGAUCAAAGAUAAACAUUAUGCCUCACCAGAAAUAAAAGGAAUCAAAGAUAAACUGAACUCAGAAUGGAAUGAUUUAGCAUCUAAAGCUGGUGAGAAGGGAAAUAAACUACGUGAAGCUGGUCAACAACAUUCACUGAAUCAAGCUUUAGAUGAUGCACAGGAUAAAUUGAAUGAAAUGGAGAAAUCUAAUGCUAAUAAUGAUCUAGGAUCUGAUUUGAGAGGUGUCAAACAGCUCCUCAAGAAGCAUCAGAAUCUAGAGAAUGAUUUAUCUGGUUUAGAAAAAUCUAUAGCCACAUUAAACAGUCAGAGUAAAGAUAUGGCACAGAAAGGACAUUUCAAUUCAGCUAAUAUCAUUAAAUCUGUAGAUGGCUUUAAUACCAGAUUUAACAAAUUAAAACCAGAAGUAGAAAAUCGUAAAGCAGCUCUACAAGAAUCUCAAAAGAGACACCAGUUUAAUUUUGAUGUUGAUAGUGAACUAUCCUGGAUUAAAGAACACCUACCAGCAGCUAGUUCUACAGAUUAUGGUAAAAAUCUACUAGACGCCCAGAAAUUACAGAAAAAACAUCAGGAUCUGGAUAGAGAAAUACAAGGUCAUCAGCCCAAUAUAGAUAAAGUAUUAUCUACUGGAGAGAAACUUCUAGAAGAUAAACAUUCUGAUUCCAAGAAAAUCAAAGACAAAUCUCAGGAACUUCAAUUGUCUUGGGAGGAUCUGAUUAAAAAAUCUAAACAUAGAAAGAAGAACCUAGACAUCUCAGUUCAACAACAGAAGUAUUUAUCUGAAGUUGCUGAAGUAGAUGCUUGGAUAGCAGAAAAGAUGUUAUUAGCCUCCAGUACUGAUUAUGGUAAAGAUGAAAAUGCAGCAGACAAAUUACUGGCUAAGAAUAAGGUGCUUGAAACAGACAUACAGACGUACCAAGGAAUUGUGUCUGGUUUAGGUAAAGAAUCCUCCAGAUUGUUUAAAAUAGGUUGUGCUGACCCCACCUUUAUCAAGAAAACACAGGAUCAACUACAAGACAAUCUAGGUAAACUGAAACGUCUAGCAGCAGAUAGAACUAAGAAUCUAGAAAGAUCUGUAUAUCUAAAUGAAUAUAUGAGAGAAGCAGAUGAUCUAGAAGAUUGGAUUGUGGAACAGCAUCAAACAGCUAGUUCAGAGGAAUAUGGACAAGAUUUUGAGCAUUUUGAGAUACUACGCAGUAAAUUUGAUGAAUUUAAACGUCAGAUAGAGACUGGUAGUGAGAGAUAUAAACGAACUGAAAGACUGGCUAAGAAUCUGUUAGAUGAUAAAGGUCCACAUACCAUACAAGUUCAACAGAGACAGGCUCAACUCAAAGAUGCCUGGAAUGCCUUGAUGGAACAAAUCAGAUCCAAGAAUCAGAAACUAAAAGGUGCUGAAGAGAUCCAUAGAUUUAAUCGUGAUGUUGAAGAUGCGUUGUCAAGGAUACAAGAGAAACAUGACAGUAUACCAGACGACGUGGGACGAGAUUACAAUGCGACCUUGACCUUUUUAAAGAAACAUGAAGCUUUUGAAAAUGAAUUGGCCUCUCUUGAAGCUCAGCUUCAAAUAUUGAUAGAGGAUUCCAAUCGACUACAAGAAGCCUAUCCUGGAGAAAACGCUGAACAAAUAGCCCAGUUCCAAGCUACAGUCGUUGAUAGAUGGGGCCAACUUACAGAACGUUCUGAUCAAAGGAAAGGACAACUUUUGGCAGCUGCUGAUUUACAUAAAUUUAGAGCAUCCGUGAGAGAUUUAGUGAGUUGGGCUAAAGAAAUAGAAUCAGAAAUGAAUGCUGAACACACAGUUCGAGAUGUUCAUGGUGUGGAUAUGUUACGUAACAGACACGAUCAAAUUCGGGCUGAAAUAGAGGCUCAUGGAGAUACUUUUGAUGACAUCAUUAAAACAGGAAAUGAAAUGAUUGUCCAUAAGCAUUACGCUUCUCCAGAGGUCAAAGAAAAGGUGAACCAAGUGGUUGAGCUCCGAGAUAGAUUAUUACAGACGUGGAUGGAUAGAAAAGGUUACUAUGAUCAGCUGUGUGAUUUCCAUAUUUUCUUACGAGAUGCCAAUCAACUGGAAACCAUCAGCAGUUCUCAGGAGGCCUAUUUAAACAAUGCAGAUCUAGGAACUGACAUCUACCAAGUUGAAUCAUUAAAACGAAAACAUGACGCAUUUGAGAAAAUUGUUGAAGCUCAAGAUGAAAAGCUUGAAGCCAUUGUUGAUCAUGGAAGUCAGCUGGUUAAAGAGAAUCAUAUACAAGCUGAAAGUGUUCAGAAAGCUAUGACUGCCGUCACAAACAGACGUAAACAGAUUAAGAAUCAGAGUGAGUUAAGAAAGGGACAGUUAUCAGAUAAUCUAAUCUAUGCUCAGUUUAAUAGAGAUGUACAAGAGACUGAAGGAUGGAUAGAUGAUAAAUUGAAAGUAGCGUAUGAAGAUGAUUUCCAGAAUUCAACAGAUCUCCAUGAUAAGAUGAAGAAAUUACAGAAACAUCAGGCAUUUGAAGCUGAGAUUGUGGCUAACACUGCCAGAAUUGAGGAAAUCAAAAAGAAUGGUGAUUAUCUUGUGAAGAAGAACCAUAAAGCCAGUCCAGAAAUCAAACAAGUUUCACAAAGACUAGGAUCUAAAUGGAAUGAAUUAUUGAAAGCAUCUGCUAAUCGUGGACGUGGUCUUGGAGAGGCUAAAGAUAUUUUACUCUUCAAUGAACAAGUUGAGAAAGUGGAAGCUUGGAUCAGAGAGAAGGAAUUAUUGGUACAAGCUGGUGAUCUAGGUAGAGAUUAUGAACAUUGUUUAGCUCUACAGAAGAAAGCCAAUGAUAUCGAGUCAGCUGGUAUAACAGUAGAUGAAUCACGUAUUAAAUCAAUCAAUGAACUAGCUGAUAGACUAAUAUCACAGGGACAUACAGAUACCAAGGCUGUUAAAAAUAAACGUGAUGAUAUGAACAAAAAAUGGCAAGCACUACAGGGUGAUCUGAACAAAUACAAACAACAACUGUCUAUGUCAUUAGAGAUACAUUCAUUCAAUCGUGAUAUAGAUGAUCUAAAUGAUCGUAUCAAUGAGAAGGCAACUCUCCUCUCUGUAGAAGAUCUAGGUAAAGAUCUAGCAGCUGUUGAAGCUCUACAACGUAAACAGGAAGAUAUUGAACGAGAUAUGACAGCUUUACAGAAUCAAUUAGAGAAAACAGAAGUGUUAGCUGGAAAACUAUGUCAGAAGUAUAGAGAUAAAGUAGAAAUGAUCAAUACUAAAAAGCAGGAAGUUGAAGAUAACUGGGAGAGACUGGAAGAUCUUUCUGAUCAAAGGUCAGUAAAAGCCAAAUUAUCAGAUUCCUACCAGUUACAGAAAUUCUUAUCAGAUGGCAGAGAAUUGGUGUCUUGGUCUAAUGAAAUGAUAGCCAGAAUGAAUGCUGGUGAACUAGCUAAAGACGUAGCAGAAGCUGAAAACUUUUUACAGAUGCAUCAUGAGAGGAAGGCUGAAAUAGAUGGUAGAAAAACUCAUUUCUCUACGAUACGAGAACAUGGUAUGAACCUAGUAAAUAAUAAACAUUACGCUAGUGAUGAUAUACAGAAGAUGAUAUCACAGUUAGAUAAAACUAAGUUAUCUCUCAACGGUACUUGGGAUAAACGUAACUAUCUACUUACACAAUGUCAUGACUUACAGGUAUUUAAAGAGACAGCUGAACAAUGUGAUACAUGGCUAGGAACUAAAGAAGCUUUCUUAGCUAAUGAAGAUUUGGGUAAUACAUUAUAUAGUGUAGAAGGAUUAAUCAAGAAACAUGAAGGUUUUGAGAAAUCAACCAAGGCUCAAGAAGACCGAGUGGAAGAUUUAAAACAGUUUGCUGGUGAUUUGUGCGAGAAGGAGCAUUAUGCUAAAGAUGAGAUCAAGAAAAGAUGUCAGGCUGUUUUAAGCAGACGUGACAAGAUGUGGGAACUCUCAUCCCUGAAACGUAAAAAACUGGAAGAAUCUCAUAACUAUCAAGUUUUCUUACGUAAUUUAUAUGAGGUAUCUGGAUGGGUGAAUGAAAAGUUACAAGUAGCAUUAGAUGAAUCUUACAGAGACCCUACCAACCUUCAAGCUAAACUACAGAAACAUCAAGCUUUUGAAGCUGAAUUAGCAGCCAAUAGAAAUAGAGUUGAUGCUGUGGUUCAGGAAGGACAAGGAUUAAUAGAUGGUGACCAUUAUUCCAAACCAGACAUAAAAAAACGUCUGGAAGAACUAGAGAGGAGUUGGGAAGCUUUGUUAGCAGCCAGUGUGGAUAAGAAAGAUAAACUUCAAGAUGCUUAUCAGGCAUUACUAUUCAACCGUGUGGCAGAUGAUCUAAUGUCAUGGAUGGAUGAAGUAGAAAAUCAACUUGAAUCAGAAGAUCAUGGGAAGGAUUUGACGUCUGUUAAUAAUUUACUCAAGAAACAUCAGCAAUUAGAACAAGAUAUAUCUAAUCAUCAAGAAAAGGUUCAAGAUGUCAUGGAUGCUGUACAGGUAUUUAAAGAAGCUAAACAUUUCCUAAAAGCUGAACUUCAAGCCAGAUCAAAGGAGAUUUCAGACAGAUAUACAUCUCUAAGUGAACCAUGUCAUAUCAGACGAGACAAUCUAGAGGAGGCGUUACGAAUGUAUCAGUUUUAUCGAGAUGUAGAUGAUGAACUCUCCUGGAUUGAAGAAAAACGACCGACUGCUACCAAUACAGAUCUUGGUAAUUCUCUCAGUGCUGCUCAGAAUCUCAUGAAAAAACAUCAGGCCUUGGAAUCAGAAAUUAUAGCUCAUGAACCAUUGAUUGAUGCUGUCGCCAGUUCUGCUCAAAUGAUGGUCAGAAGUAAACAUUUCGCUAGUCAAGAUAUACAGAGUCGUCUGGAUAAUCUUCAUCAACAACUACAGGAACUCAAGCAAAUAACAUCCAGUAGAAAACUGAAAUUACAAGAUUCUCUAGAGGCACAGAAGUUCUAUACAGAAAUUGCUGAAACUGAAUCAUGGAUGAAUGAAAAGAUACCACAGUUGACCAGUUCUGAUCUGGGUAAAGAUGAAGAUUCUGUACAAGUGUUGAUGAAGAAACUGGAUGCUCUAGAAAGAGAUGUGGAGAACUUCAGUAAUAGUAUUGGAGAGUUAUCUGCUCUUAGUCGAAGUCUGACUGAUAAAGGACAUUAUGACAGUGAAAACAUUCGACAGAAACAGACUGAAAUAGAAAAGAGGUAUGCCCAGUUACAAGAUUUAUCCAGUCAGAGAAGACAGAAACUAAGCGAAAGUAAGAAAUUAUUUGAGUUCUAUCGUGAAGCAGAUGAAGUGGCUGAUUGGAUUGAAGAGAGGAACGUCAUAGCUGGGUCUGAAGAUUAUGGUCAAGACUUGGAACACGUUGAGGUUCUACAACAGAAGUUUGAAGAUUUUAUCCAUGAUUUGAAUUCGAAAGAAGAUCGUGUAACGAAGGUGGUAUCUUUGGGACAAACAAUGAUUGACCAGAAACAUUUUGAAUCCAGUAAAAUCAAGAAGAGAAUGGAUGAAAUCAACAAGAAUUGGGCAGAAUUGAAAGAAAUGGCACAAGCUAGACAAGAGUCACUGUCUGGAGCUAAAGAGGUCCAUAUGUAUGCCAGAGAUGCUGAUGAUACAUUAGAAUGGAUCCAAGAAAAAGAUUUGAUUGUUAGCAGUGAUGAUUUUGGACAUGAUUUAGAAAGUGUUCAAUCUUUGAUCAGUAGACAUGAAGGUUUGGAGCGAGAUUUAGCAGCCAUCAGUGAACAAGUUGAGACAAUAACAAAAGAAGCAGAAAGAUUAAUGGCAUUGUAUCCUGAUACUCAGGAACAUAUAGCCAGGAAGCAUGAAGAAAUGGUACAAGCCUGGAACACUUUGGUUGAGAAAUCUUCACAACGUAAAGAACGAUUACAGUCUGCCUUACAGUUACAGAUGUACUUUAAUGACUAUAGAGAACUUACAGCCUGGAUCAGUGAAAUGAUAGCUAUUAUAACAUCAGAUGAACUAGCUAAAGAUCUACCUGGUGCAGAAGCCAUGAUUACCAGAUACAAGGAACAUAAAGCAGAAGUUGACAGCCGAGCAGACGCCUUUUCUAAAUUUAGACAUACAGGAGAGAUGUUGAUCAAGAAUGGUCAUUUCUUAUCAGAUGAGAUUCAAGAGAAGAUCAAUCAACUGAGUGAAUCAAGGGAAGGUUUAAUACGAACAUUGAAUCAUCGUAGAUCAUUACAUGGACAGAAUCUUGAGGCACAGAAACUGAAAUAUUACAUGGAACAACUUGAUGCAUGGAUGAGUCUACGAGAACCUCAACUGAAAGGAAAGAAUUACGGUGAAUCUAUACAGGCUGUGGAAGAAUUAAUCAGACGUCAUGCUGAUUUCGAGAAAACUGUGGAUGCUCAGGAUGAGAAAUUCCAAGCUCUGGACAAACCAUCAGAGGUUGAGAGAGCAUUUGCCCAACAUAAAUUACAAGAACAACAACAGCAAGUUCAAGAUGAUGCUAAAAGAGAGAGAGAUAGAUUGGAUGAAUUAAGGAAGAAAGAACAGGAUCGUAUUUUAGAUGUAAAUGAUGAUGGUGAUGCCCCCAGUCUGCCCAGUUUGCCACCUCCUCCAAAAUCAGCAGACAACAUUGACGAUUCUAAUACAAGUUUAUCUAACACCAGUACUGAUUUCAACAAUGUUCCUCCACCAACUUCACCUGGAUUUACCAAAAAGGAAAAACUAACUUCACCACCAUUAAGCCCAAAACAAAAACGCGUUGAAAACGUGAAAGAUGAGAAAAAAUCGAAAAGAACACCAAGCUUUAACAUCCGACGUAAAACUCGAAGUUUCAAAGAAAAAUAUAAACUACCAGAAGAUCUACCACCAGUUGAAAUGCAAGGUACAAUAGACAGAAAACAAGAGUUACAAGUUGGAGGUAAAAAAGCUACCAUUAGAUCCUGGAAACAGUUCCAUACUGUGUUAUUUGGUCAACUCUUGUGUUUCUUUAAAGACAAAGAAGCUUUUACAGAAAGUCAAGCAGCUGCCCCACCUGUUAAUAUACAUCAAGCUCAGUGUGAGAUAGCUAGUGAUUAUACCAAGAAGAAAAAUGUCCUCCGUCUAAAAACCAAUGAUGGAGCUGAGUUUUUAUUGGAAGUUCACAAUGAAGAAGAAUUAAAUGAUUGGUUGAACAAAAUCCAAUAUUAUUCAGGUAGAGUUUCCUCCCUUAAUUCUUUAUUUUGUAAUCUAGGGGCUUGUCCCUGUCGGAACCAUUUCAAGAUCUUUGAUUGGUCAUAG